AUGCCUGAAAAGUUCAGACAGGUGUCUGUACAGGUGUAUCAGCACUAUCUGUACACCGUGACGGACAGCUCUGAGUGCAGCUCAGAGAAAGAGGAGGAUGAAGAGCCAUCCAAACGCCUCACACCCCUGGAGAAGUUAACACUGGAAAUGUGCAAAGACGAAAACACAGUAAAGGAGCUGACGGUGGGCAAACGGGUGGGUUUCUACAAAGUGCGAGGUCAGAUCGGCUGUGGCAACUUUUCCAAAGUCAAACUGGCCACUCAUGCCCUCACCAAAGACAAGGUUGCAGUGAAGAUUAUGGACAAGAUGCGGCUGGAUGUGCAGACUCAGAGAAUGUUGACGAGAGAGAUCUCCAACAUGGAGAGCUUAUAUCAUCCAAACCUGCUGCAGCUCUAUGAGGUGCUGGAGACGCCGAGCCGACUCUACCUGAUCCUGGAGUUUGCUGGAGGAGGAGACCUGCACACCAGAAUCAGCUCUGGAGGAAAACUGACCGACCUAGAGAGCAAGAUUGUCUUCGCACAAAUCCUGUCAGCUGUCAAAUACAUGCACGAAAACAACAUAAUCCAUCGAGAUCUGAAGGCUGAAAAUGUUCUUUACACAACCAAUGGCUGCAUAAAAGUAGCUGACUUUGGCUUCAGCACAAAGGUCAACAACCGCAACCAAGCUCUGGACACAUUUUGCGGCUCACCUCCUUACGCAGCUCCAGAACUCUUCAAAGACGACUCCUACAUCGGACCACCAGUAGACGUGUGGGCGAUGGGUGUCCUCCUAUUCUUCAUGGUUACUGGCAGCCUACCCUUCCGUGCCGACACUGUGCCCAAAUUACGCCAAAGUGUCCUGGAGGGUGCUUAUCUCCUGCCAAUAUGGGUCUCUGCUCCAUGUCAGCGGCUCAUCCGGGGGAUCCUGAAACCUGAACCGUCAGAGCGAUGCGCCCUGGACCAGAUGCUGGGCUGUGAGUGGCUGCUGCCAGUCGAACUCUUUCGCCCAAUUCCUCCAUUAUACCAGCUCAACCCCAUCCACCUGCUGGAGGCCGGACCAGGAGAGCUGGACAGAGACCAGGAGGAGGUCAAAGGUAUCCUGGAGAAACUAGGAGUUACUCCGGAGCAUAUUCUCAAUAAUCAAGGAAAGCGUAUUCGGAGUCCUAUUAAUGGGGUUUAUCGUAUAUUAUUGCACAGAGUUAAAAGAAACAGAGGAGCCGAGUCUGUGCCAUCAAUCAGCGGAGUAGUCAAAGAUCCUAAAAGAGACAGUCUGCGUGCCUACAGGAACCUACGACACUCCUCGAAACUCUGUGCACUUUCUUGAAGAGACUGCGCAUUUACCUUCUUUUUGCUCCUUAGUAGAGGGAAAGUCAAUGGGGUUCACAAAUAUAUUGGGACCAAGUGGACCUUAUUCAGUGAAACACAGAUGAAACCAUGUGCUGAGGGAAAGACCUCUAGUCUAUUUUAAGGUUUUAGAUCAUGUAAUCUUUUAAACUCAAGACUUGCAAACAUGAGGGAGUUUUUGAAAAAACUUGUCAGCUGAAAGAUCACUUUGUUUGCUUCUAAAAACUAUUGGGUAAGCCAAGUUUGGAACAGAUAUAGACAAAUCUGAAAAAAAUUGUUACACUGGAAUGGAAUGCACUGUAUUACCCUAUUACUAUUUUUCAAUCCAUUUAGCCAAUCUCCAGGUUUGGUGGUAGCACAUUUAGCUUAGCUUAAAUCA